GAAUGUGGUGCAAUGGCCAAUGUUCGAAACCAAAAGUAAAUGCGGUGCACUUUAGACCACAGAACCUUUGUCAAAUUUGUGGAGAUUUAGGUGACUUAAACCACAAUGUCGUCCAUUCAGAAAAUGGCCAUUCAGGGUGUCCGUAGUUUUGGGCCAGAGGACAAAGACAAACAAGUCAUCACUUUCUUCACACCACUGACACUGAUUCUGGGCCCAAAUGGCACAGGGAAGACGACUAUCAUAGAAUGCCUGAAGUACAUCACCACUGGGGAUAUGCCACCUGGAUGUAAAGGAUUCAUGUUUAUUCAUGAUCCAAAGGUGGCUAAUGAGAGAGAAGUUAAGGGUCAAGUAAAGUUACUGUUCCAGGAUGUGUCUGGCAAGCAGUGCAUAGUGGAACGUUCCAUGAUCGUCCAGCAGAAAGCUAAGACGCUGACAUUCAAGACCCUGGAUGGUAUCAUCACUCGCCUACGACCUGAUGGAUCUAAGAUUAGUACUACGUCCAAAUGUUUGGAGAUAGACAGAGAGAUGGUUACCUCCCUUGGUGUGUCAAAGCCUGUUCUGGAAAAUGUCAUAUUCUGUCACCAGGAAGACUCCAACUGGCCUUUGAGUGAAGGGAAAGCUCUGAAGGACAAAUUUGAUGCGAUUUUUGCUUCGACCAGAUAUGUGAAGGCUCUGGAGGCUAUACGAAAGCUGAAACAGUCACAGGACAUAGUGCUGAAGGAGUACAGAGCUGAAAUGAAGUACCUAAGACAGAACAAGGAGAAGGCAGCUCAGAUAGCUGGUGACUUGGCAGAGACGGAACAGAAGUUUGCUGCCUCUCGAGAGUCUCUGCAUGAAUAUGACGAACAGAUGGCUCCUAUUGAGGAAAAGUUGAACAAGAUUUAUGAUGCAACUCAUAAUAUCAACAAACUGAGUUCCCAGAAAGGUAAAAUGGACGGAGAAAAGGAAAUGUUGGAGAAAACAAUCAAUGAGAUCAUUGAAAAUUUGGAGAAUGAAUUUCAAGGACCCACAGAAGAAUUAGAACAGAUUUUGUCAGAGUUCCAAAACAAAUUGGAGGAGACAAACAAAACUGUGGCGGAGCUUGAGAAAAAGUUGAGCCGCUUGAAUCAUGACCUUGACAAAGUGAAUGAGGAGAGGUCAAAGAUAGAUGUGGAUGUGGGGAAGAUGGAACAGGCAGCUGCUGACCAUGAGAACCAUAUCCGCAGACGUGAUGCUUCUUUGAGACAGUUGGCAUCAGAGUACGGAUUUGAAGGCUUUAGUCGAGGGGAGAUAACUCUUGAUCGAUAUCAACAAUUUGAGGAGAGAGUCCGAGAACGGAUUGAAGAAAAUGUGGAAAAGCACAAUCAUACCAAGGAUGAAUAUGAGAAGGAAGAGGCCAAUAUUCAGCGGAAAAUAAACACUGUGAGAGAACGUGCCACAAAAGUAGAACAUGACAUCCAAACGAAGAAAGACACGAGUAAGAAAAACAUUGCAGAAAUGAGAGAGAUUAGCAGAAAGUUGAGUGAGGUGGACGCCUCAGCAGGCAAACUGGAGCAGAUCAACCAGGACCUCAAGAAAGCUGAAAGAGAUCUUCAGGCAACAGAAGGCAGUGUGAAUAUAGAUGACCUGAAAGCUGACAUCAGCAGUUUACAGAAGGAAAAACAGACCCUGGAUGCAACUCUCAGUGCUCUUAGUUCAGAGAUGAGUCGACUUCACAUGGAGUCGAGUCUGCUGACGGAAGUCAACAUGCUGAAGAAAGAGAAGACCAGUAAGGAAGAGGGAGUGCGCAAAAUAAAAGCAAAACAUGAGGACACUCUGAAGUACCUACUAGGCCACAUGCCUGCCCAGAAUGUACGAGGAGAGUUGGAUGAGUACACAGGGAGACAAAGUGAAGAUGUGAAAAACAUGGAGAGGUCAUUACAGAGAAACAAGAUGGAGUUGACCACCAAGGAAGCUAAUCGUAAAAUGAUCAAGGAGCAGUUAAAAAAGAAAGAGGAGGAGCUUAAAACAUUGGAAGAGAAGAUCUUUGAAGUGUGUGGCAGCCAGAACUUCGAGGAAUCCUUGACAACAGUUCAGAAGAAAAUGGGACAGACUCAAGACCAGAGAGGGUCAUUGUUAGGAGCUCAGCAUUUCUUCAAAAAGUAUGUGGAAGACCUAAAGAAGAACAACCCAUGCUGCCCCCUGUGUCAUAGAGAGUUUGAUGAGGAACAGGAAGUUCGAGAACUUGUCCUUGAGCUGCAACAGAAGCUGAGGAUGGUGCCGGGAAAAGUGGAGACGGCUGAGAAAGAACUGAAGGAUUAUCAGCAAAGAUAUGAUUCCAUGCUUCAGCUACGGCCAUUACGAGCCAGUAUCUCCACCCUGAAAGAUGCAGAUAUACCAGAAAUGAAGACCAAGCUAAGCCGUGUGGGGACAGAAGUGGAGACACUACAACAAACUAUACAAGAGAAAGAGGAAGACUUACAGAGUAAACAUGGUGACCUGAGCAUGGCAAAAGAGAUGGCCGCUGACAUCAUCCUGAUGGACCGAUACCUUGGAGACAUUCGCGAUGUGGACAAGAGAAUCAUCGCAAAGUCUGCCAAGCUCUCAGUGGGAGACUCUGACAGAACGAUGGAGAAGGUGAAUGACGAGAAGGAAGAGGCCCAGAUACAGCUGGAGAAUGUGAACCGUAAGUUGGAUUACAAGCGUGAGAAGGUGAGCAGUCACUCUGACCAGGUACAGCGUCUGAAGGGUCAGGUGAACGACCUGACGGCUGACAAGCUGAGGAUAGAGCAGGAUGUACAGCAGAGGUGUAAGCUGGAGGAGAGGAAGGUUCAGCUAGAGGCAGAGAAUAACACACUCGUUCUCGAUAUACAGGAUCAAGAAGAUCAGCUGGGUCCUCUGAAGUUGCAGAUAGACCGAUUUGAAGAGGACAAGAAAGCAGUAUCCAGAGAAAAAGAUGACAAACUGAAUGAAAUCAAGAGUGAGGGAGAGUCCACAAGAACAAAAUGCAGAGAAGUUCACGCCAUAAACAAACUGAUAAAAGGGUACAUAAGAGAAAGCAGGGCUGAGGCCUUACAGAGCAAAAAGGAGUUACAGGUUGAGAAUGCCAAGAGGGUUGAAAAUCUGACAAGCGAGCAGCAAGACAUACGAUCUAACCUGGAUAAGCUGAGGACAGAGUUAGCCAAUCAGCAGGUUCGAGAACGUGAGUUCCAGGAUAAUCUGCAGCUGAGGGAGAAACAAAAGGAGAUGGAGCGUCUCCAGGGGGAGAUAGACAAGCUGAUGCAGAAAAUCGGAGGGUUUGACCCCAAAGGGCUCAACAGAGAGAGACAGAAGUUAGAGGAGAAGAAAGAUGAACUCAGAAACAGGAAAAACCAGGUUGAGGGUCGUCAGAGAGGUUUCCUUGAUGAGAUCAAGAGGUUUAAGCAGGAGCUGAAGUCUGACCAGUAUAACGGGGCUGCGGAGAAGUGUAGGGAUAAGGCUAUAGCCCUUAGGACAACAGAGCUCGCCAACCUGGAUCUGGAGAAGUAUUACAAGGCCCUAGACAGGGCCAUUAUGAGUUAUCACAGCAUGAAGAUGCCAGAAAUCAACAAGAUCAUCAGAGAGCUGUGGAGAAAUACCUACAGAGGCAAUGACAUUGAGACAAUUGAGAUCCGCUCUGAUGAAGACGAUUCAGGAGCCAUGAAGGCACGGCGGGUGUACCACUACCGUGUCGUCAUGGUGAAGGGCACAACAGACCUGGAUAUGAGGGGGCGCUGUAGUGCAGGUCAGAAGGUUCUUGCCUCCCUGAUAAUUCGCCUGGCGCUGGCAGAAACAUUCUGUCUGAACUGUGGUAUCUUGGCCCUGGAUGAACCCACGACCAAUCUGGACCGGGAAAAUAUUGAAAGUUUGGCCUUUGCUCUGGUGGAGAUCAUCAAGAGCCGUUCGCAGCAGAGAAACUUCCAACUGGUAGUCAUCACGCACGAUGAGGACUUUGUGGAACUGCUGGGCAGGUCGGACUAUGUCGAGGAUUUCUACAGAAUUCGGAAAAAUGCUUUUGGCUGUUCACAAAUUAGCUGUGCUAGGGUGGCUGACCUCCAUGUAGAGACCAGGUGAGCUCUGCUGAAGACGUACCACUCUGCUGAGGAUGUACCACUCUGCUGAGGACGUACCACUCUGCUGAAGGCGUACCACUCUGCUGAGGAGGUAACACCGGCAGAGGCAUGACAUCAUUUAUCAGCAUAAGUGUAACAACUGUAGGGACACCAGCUCAGUCCGAACAAAAUGAACCAGUGUUAGUUUAUCAUACGAUUAAGAUAAUGGACAUUUCACAGUAAGAUUGUGUAUGAUUAUUGCUGUUCAUCUCUGUAAUAUAGCGCUUUGGGAGACUCUGGGAAGCUACUCAGAGCUGUUCAAACUGCAGCGGAAACACUCAUAAAAUUAUACUUCUUGUGAAGCCAUAAAACUGGCCAAUCCAACCAUUUUAGUUUUGUCUCCAAAAUCAAAUUAAAAAUGUGCAUGAACUGCUCUGAAAGUUUCUCUUAUGGAAUUAGGGCACUACAUAAGAAUUUUUUGAGCACACACCAAAAGUGUGAUGUUCUAAAAGAGAGAACAAAAGAGUACACACCUUUGAUAAAGGCAUAAGCUCAGAGUUCUCUAUUGAAUGUUUGAUAUAUGUGUGGGAAAGUGUGAGGGGGCACAUCGCUUAAUUUGCUAUGGUAAUACAUAAUCUGAGUGUACUUAUAUAACCGUAUUACUCUAUUCCAGUUUUCUCGGUCACCAUUUUAUCUGAUUUUGCAGGUAGAACUUUAUGAUCUAGGUUUUGAGUGAAAAAAAUGGUAUGCUAGUGCCAAUUUCAAGAAAGCAAUUUUCUAACUGUCAUGACAUUGAAUAAUUAUUUCAGUAAUUACUAUUUAUGUUGAAUGUUAUAAUUUUGAUAUUUUUGAUUUUUAUACAUCUCUUAUUAACAAGAGACUUGUGCGUGAUUGAAGAUCUCAGAUCUCCUGUGUACAGCAUCAGACUUCACUUGUAAAAUCAGUUACUGGUUGUCACAAUCAACUUGUAAAAUCAGAUACUGGUUGUCACAAUCAGUUACACGCUCUGAAAAUUCCAGUAUAUAUACUUUAUGAAAAUAUGCAUAGAAUAAUAGAGUGGAUAUGCUUGUAAUCUAUAGACUUAGAUCUAAUCUAUAGUACAUGUAUAUCCCAGCUGUGUACAUGGGCUGUAUAUUCAAAGUUGUCCCAGUAUGAUAGAAUGGCCUUGAUGUAUGUACAUGUAAGAUUGACCGAAUGUUCAGUAGAUGUUUACAGAUUUUAUUUGUUUUCAUUCCAUAAUCACUGGCUGCAAUGGCUAAAAUGGAAGCAUUUACUAGAUAUUGCACUUGUUACUGUGUCUAAGGUUGCAAUUCGGUGCUACCGUACCCAUGUUGUUGUUGAGAUCAUGCUCAUUGGUGUACCUGCUUAAGAUAUAAGGAUGCUGUUGCAGUGUUAGUGAUAAUUUCCAAACGUGUGAUAAAUUUUUGUGUGACGUGUCUGUAAUAGAGCCAGACACAUGAAGUUGUUUUGUUAUGGUUUCAAAAUUCAGAAAUAAAUUGCUUG